GUCUCUUGCUCGCGACGAUAAGCAAACCCCUUCCACGCCUACCCAGGCAACCACUCCCAUAAACACCCACUCGCCCUACAGGGCAAAGCCAUCUACCUUACAGAUCUUCUUCCAACUUCCCAGUAGGUGUCCCAAGCACACGAAGCCGUUGCGACUGACAUCAACGCAGACUUCGCACAUUUCAAGGAAACGUAUAAUCCAAAAAAACAGUUCAUAACGAUAAACGACACACUGUAAAUCAGCAUUACUUUACGAACGACAUGUCCGACGAAGCCAAGCCUCAGACUCAGAGUCUUCCUAAGCGGGAGGAGAAGAAGGACGACAAGAAACCCUCGUCCAAUGCUCCUGCUCAGGGUGGUAACAGGAAUCAGAGGAGGAACGUCUCCAGGUCCAGUAACUCCAUUAGUGGCAACACUGGUGGUCCCAGACCGGCAUCAAGAGGUAGCAACAAGAAAGCACCUACCAACAACCCUAACAACGCGACCGAAUCUGGCUCAGAUUCAACUGCGAAGAGAAGCAAUGACGGGAGAAGGAAUGACCAACGUGGUAGAGGUUCCAAUGGUGGAAACUCUCGCUCUGGGGGAAACCGUAGGAUCUCUCAGUCGAACAACCAGCCCGCUCGUCAAGGCAGCAUCAGCUCCAAGGAUUCCGCUGGUUCCAGACAGAACAGCAACAAGCCUGCCUCCGCUUCUCCAGCUCCUGCUGCUACCAGCGAAAGCAGUGAUGCGUUGUCUUCACUGCAGAGGGUCAUCGCUGAUUUAAAGACGACGUCUCCGCCUGCCCAACAGCCUUCCAAUCCCGCGCCCGGCAUCACUGCCUCCAUCUCUAUGCCCUCUAAUCAGACGCAGGGCUCUAACCUGCCGCUCAACGCACCCGUGUUCCAGCCAGGCGCUGCUGCGUAUCCUGGCACAGGUGGGAAUGAAGCUCCUAGGCACCGCAAAGCAGCAUCUUUGGGUGCAGGUUCAGUCCCCAAUCCACUUAAUGCAUAUUCUCCUAAUCUUGGAUCCAUGAUGGAAGACGCCGAGGAGCAAGUGAAUGCAUCCGUUGAGGAAGGAGAGAUACGUGAGAACACCUUCCAACCUGCAGGUCAUCAGCGUCGCUCUCUUUCCCAGAGCUUCACCGCUCCUCGAUUCGCUGCGCUGGCGGCGCAGAAUGAGCCUACCGGUCCCACAGGUCGACCUCAAUUGGCCCCCAACUUCAUGUUUGGUGCGAAGAGACGUCCUAGCUCUGGUAUUCCACUCGGUCCCCCGAUCAACGAAGAGGACCUUGGAUUCCAGUUCCCUCAGCAGCAGAAUCAGCAGAACUUUGGUAUAGAUACGUCAGAGUCUGCGCAGAGGAAACCCGAGAAUCCGGGGGAGAUUUCUGGAAUCAUGGCAGAACAGAUUGCGAUCCAGACCCAAAUAGAGGUACUCCAGCAACAACAGCAAGCAUUGUACCAACAGCAGCUUGCUUCCAACCAAGUUUUGUCGUUCCAGACUGCAGGGCUUGCUCCUGUUCGCGGUCCCGGCCACCGACGUGUGCACAGUACUCUUCCUCUCGGAAUGAGCGUUAAUCCGUUCGCAGGUCCCCAAGCAGCUAUGGGUCAAUUCGGUCAGGGCGGAUUAGGUUUGCCUGAUACGCAAGGUCAGGGCAUUCCUCGUGGACAUGGUAGGCGUCAUAGUGUGAACGUCCUCAACAAGUCCACCGCUCAGCCCAGUAUUGGCUCCAUGUUUGCGAACAGUCAAGAUGGUUUCGACGAUGGCUUCGUGCCACCUCCUGGUCUCGGUGGUCAUACGCGCUCCGAUUCUAGUUGGCGCAUCAACGGUGGUGUCGGAGGCGUUCAACCUGGUGGAAACUUCGCCUCUGAUCUCGCCCAAGCUCAAGCCCAGCUGCAGAGUCUUCAGCAAUUCCGUGCCGCCGCCGGUGGACAUCAUCACAAGAUGCCGUCAUUCAGCUUCCCCAAUAUGUUGCCGAACAUGAUGGCUGCGAAUAUGAUGGGUCUUGGUCUUGGUGGUAUUAAUCUACUCCAACAACAACAACAGCAAUUCCAAUCGCAGUUACAACAACAAUCCAGUCAACCUCAGCGCAAGUCGCUAUUCGCUCCUUACCUUCCACAAGCAUCACUUCCACCUCUCCUUGCUGCCGGCAAACUUGUUGUUGGCAUCCUGCGAGUGAAUAAGCGUAACCGAUCCGACGCGUACGUUGCGACAGAGGUCUUGGAUGCCGACAUCUACAUCUGUGGCUCCAAGGACCGUAACCGAGCACUCGAAGGCGAUAUUGUCGCCGUGGAGCUUCUGGAUGUCGAUGAAGUCUGGGGUACGAAGAAGGAGAAGGAGGAGAAGAAGAGGAAAAAGGAAGAGAACUCUGCUUACGACUUGAAAGGCGCCGCCGGACGGAAGAACGAUAAGAAGAAAGACGACGUCGAGGUUGAAGGCCAGGGUCUUAUGCUCUUUGAAGAUGAGGAGGUGACAGAUGAGGUCAAGCCUCAGUUUGCUGGUCACGUCGUUGCGGUCGUGGAACGUAUGCCUGGUCAACUGUUCUCAGGUACUCUAGGCUUGCUCCGCCCCUCUUCUGCUGCAACCAAAGAGAAGCAGGAGGCUGAGCGCCGUGAACGCGAAGGCGACCGCGGUGACGAACCCAGGCGUCCUAUUGAACGUCCCAAGAUUGUGUGGUUCAAGCCGACGGACAAACGAGUCCCUUUGAUCGCCAUCCCUACUGAGCAAGCACCUCCCGACUUUGUCCAAAACUCUGAGGCAUAUGCCGAUAAGCUCUUUGUGGCUUGUAUCAAGCGUCAUCCGAUCAGCUCCCUGCACCCCUUCGGUACUUUGGUUGAAGAACUUGGUCCGAUUGGAGACAUCGAGGUCGAGACAAGUGCGCUUUUGAAGGACUGUAACUUCCCUACGGAGGAUUUCACCGAUAAUGUAUUGAAAUGUCUUCCUCCUAUUCCAUGGACAAUCCCCGAGCGAGAGUUCGAAGUUCGCAAGGAUUUACGCAGUGAACGUGUCUUCAGUGUCGACCCCGACGAUGCUAAGGACCUGGACGACGCGUUGUCUGUGAAAAUCAACGAGGACGGCUCCUACGACAUCGGUGUUCACAUCGCAGAUGUUUCGUUUUUCGUGAAGCCGAAUACAGCCUUGGACCGCGAUGCUCGCAAGCGUGCUACAAGUGUUUACCUUGUACAACGAUCUGUCCCGAUGUUGCCUCCCGCCUUGAGUGAGCAACUAUGCAGCCUACUUCCUGGACAAGAACGACUGGCGUUCUCCGUCAUUUUCACCAUAACCAAGGAAGGGAAGGUUCAGAAGAAGUGGUUUGGUCGAACUAUCAUCAAAUCUGCUACCAAAUUGUCAUAUCCCGAUGUCCAAGCCGUCAUUGAAGGCAAGACUCUCGGCGCCGUCGUAGUUACGCCUGAACACGAAGCUGCGGACAUAGCUCAUGACAUCAAGAUCCUGGACGAUUUGGCCAAGCAACUUCGCGAGCGCCGUUUCCAGAACGGUUGCCUUACGAGCGAGUCUCGUAGUAUCACAUUCAAACUCGAUGAGAACGGGAAUCCGAUCGAUUGUAGUCCUUACGAACGCACUGAAGCAAACGACCUUGUUGAGGAGUUCAUGCUGCUCACCAACAUGGCUGUCGCUCAACAAGUCGCAGUACAUUUCCCUGAACAGGCUUUGUUACGUCGCCACGAUACACCAAUCGAGCGCCGCAUGACUGCUUUCGCUGAGCGUGCCGAACGUCUCGGCUAUAAGAUCGACAUCUCAUCUACUGCUGCUCUUCAACGUUCUCUCAAUGCUGUACACGACCCGCUCGCUCGCCGCAUCCUUGAUGUCUUGCUGCAGAAGGCUACUCAACGUGCCAAGUACUUCUGUGCAGGCAUGCUCGAUAUUGCUAAAUAUGGUCACUACGCCUUGAACGUGCCUCUGUACACUCACUUCACCUCGCCCAUUCGUCGCUAUGCGGAUAUCCUCGUUCAUCGCCAAUUGGACUCCAUUCUGCAGGGAGGCAGUGAGCCGAAAUUCACUAUGGACCGUGAUGCUGUGGCGAAGGUUGCUCAACAAUGCAAUAUCAAACGUGAUUCCGCCCAACUUGCUGAGGAACAAUCCGCGCAUUUGUUCUUGUGUACCCUCAUUGCAGACCUCACUCAACGAUACGGGCCUGUAGUGCGUCAAGCCAAGGUUGUCAACGUUCUGGACGCCGCGUUUGAUGUCCUCGUCCCCGAUUUCGGCAUCGAGAAGCGAGUCCAUGUUGACCAGAUGCCCAUUGAUAACCACGUCUAUGACGAACAUUCCCACACUCUUCAAAUCUACUGGUCUGAGAAGGAUGUGAUUACUUGGCUUGCUGAAAAUAGCGAUGAUGAGCAUCUCAAGAAGGUCAAGCAGAAUGCUGAGCAACACGCCGUCAAGAUGGAAGUGGUCUCGCGUUCUGUACAUGAUGAGAAGGCCCUGUUCGACGAGGAUGACGCCGAUGAGGACGAAAUUGUCCUCGAACGCCCUCACGCCCAGGAGGAAGAAGUUGAAGCUUCCAAACAGAGACUCCUCUCCAAGAACAAGCCACAACCGGUGUUUGAGGGUUUGAAGGCUACUGCCGCUGGUCACAAGAUUCAAGAAAUUCGGGAGAUGCAGACUGUACCUGUAUGUAAUUUUAUUGUUCAAGCAACGCCCUCAGCUCUGAUUUGCUCUAUAGGUUAUCGUUACAGCCGACUUGACCAAGAGCCCUCCCGUCAUCAAAGUCUACAGCGUCAAUCCUUACGCUGGUCAUUUGUAAUCAAGGGUGUCAUGCGAUUCACGUCUUGACAGGGUGUUGCCUGCGGAAGACUUGUUUCUUCGACAUCUUCACGUUUCAUGUCUUUUCUUUUUCUCAAUCCUUUCAUGUUAUGGUUUUCUGAAGGCGAUGAUAGUCAAUCGUAAGCUCUCAUGGUUCUCUUCUUCACGCUCCUCACUCCAUGGCUCGCUAUGACUUGGAUGCAAUCUAUCAUGAUCAUGUUGUUACUGCUGUCUUCCAUUGGGGGCAUUGUAGUUGUAUAUGUAGUAUUCGUCGGAACGUUUCGUAAUGGAAUUUGACAUGCUUUCUCUUCUAAAUGAUUUGUGGAGGUCUUACCAAUCAGAACAAGUGGGAACUACUGUAAUCAAGUGCAUAUUUUGUUGUACUAGAGCGGAUAUUAUGAUGUCAAGCUGGAUACCACCUGGCAUUAUGCAUUACUCUUGUAGCAUGCAAAUCGAACUUCGUUCAGG